AUGGGAAGGGUUUUUCGUAACAAAGAGAUAAUGAAGCUGAGCUUGUCCCUUUAUGCGAUCCAAAACAUAUUUGAAUAUGUGGUUGUUCGAUCAGAUAAGAAGGAUUAUCUUGUCAAGUGUUCACAUGACGAGCAAGCAAUAAAAACACUUGUGUCGCACUGCAUAAAAUACAAGUACAUAUCGUUACGCACUCUGUAUACCCCAAAUGAUAUACGUAAUGACGUGUUGCAUACGUAUGGAGUAUCGUUGAAUUAUGUGAAAGCGUGGAGGUCUUGGGAGAAAACUUUGAAACUGAUUAGGGUUGAUCCAGCAGAUUCUUUUAAUAAUAUACCAAGAUUCAUUGUCGUGUUGCAACAUACAAAUCCUGGAACGAUCAUAGAUCUGGAGCUUGAUGGUCACAGUAGGUUCAAAUAUUGCUUCAUGGCCAUAUACAUACUUGCUUUUGGGAUUGGGGAUAGUGAGAAUGAUGCCUCGUGGACAUGGUUCUUCGAAAAUUUGAGGAAGGCGUACGACUAUAGAGAAGAGUUGUGUUUCGUAUCGGAUCGCCAUAAUGGCAUCAAAAAUGCUAUUGAGAAGGUGUAUCCAGGAACAUGUCAUGGAAUUUGUUCGUAUCAUCUCCUUCAAAAUCUAAAGUCACGUUAUGGAAAAUCGGGUAAAAAUAUAACGCAAACAUUUAAUUCAGCUGUUCGUGCCUACACGUUGUCAGAAUAUGAAUAUAACAUGCAACAGCUCGACGCGAUUAAUGGAAAUAUAAGGGAUUACCUGGACGUAGAGUCGGUUAAUGCGGUCACAAAAUCUGCCAAGAAUUAUCCCAUUGUAGCUUUGUUGGAGUCAUUGCGACAAACCAUUCAGUCGUGGUUUUGUAGACAUCGGGAAUCCGCGCAAAUCACUUUCACAACCUUGUCAAGCAAGUAUGAGAAGCAAAUGAGGGAAAUGAGCACGGAUAUUAGAAACUUGAGGGUUGUGCGUAUUAAUCAGGUAAUGUUCUCAGCCAGAUGUGAAAAUUUAACUUUUUUUGUUGAUAUAGAAGGACGUACAUGCACGUGUAGGAUGCUUCAAGUUGAUCAACUACCAUGUCCACACGCUCUGACUGUGAAUGCAAGUGUAAAGAUGAAUCCAUAUGAGUUUUGUUCAUAUUAUUACACGAGAGAAGCAUACAAGAAUACUUACAACGAAACUGUUUUCCCUGUAGGAAGUCAAAAUGAAUGGAUAGUGCCCAAAAACUUUGAGAACAUAGUCGUGUUACCACCUAAUCAAAAGCGAAGUUGCGGAAGGCCUACUGAGAAGAUGUUUAGAUCUGCAGUUGAAGAUAACAUAACCGUCAAAUGCGGUCAUUGCGAUGAAAGUGGUCAAAAUUGCAGAACUUGUAGUAGUUUGGUUCCAUUAAGUCAGAUUCAAUCGAAAAAAUAA